UUGGACUACGAUGAAUCAGUCAAACGCAUUCCGAUACACGAACUUGUCGAACGUCGAUUGGAAGUUCGAGUUCUGAAGAGAUUGCACGCUUGCCUGAAGUUGCAAUGGCCGAAUAGUGGCAUGGCUGUGUUAAGAACACCUACAGCUCGUGACGUAAGGGAACGGGGCUGGCGUCUGCUCCCGUACUUGAGCACGGCGCGGAACAGUCUACUACUUCAUUGUCUUAGAAGACAAAACGAGACGGUCGGCUUUGGAGGAAACCGCUUCGGAUAUCGCGAGGCGCACGCCGCGCUGUAUGUGAUGGAGGCGGGCGAACAGGUGCAACUGGCCGCCGCACCCCCGGCUCCCACUACACCGGACGCGGCCCCGGCUGACACGACUCUGGCUCCCACCACCCCGCAGCCCGAUCUGCCAGCGGCCGCGCGAAGACGCAAGCAGCAAACCGGCGACGGUGGCCGAUCCGGAGGGCCCGACUUUCAUGAUUGCGAGGUCGUCCGAGGGCUGAACAUCGCCCGAGAGGCUCUAGUUGUCGGCGGCGACCGGUGGCUGGAACUCAUGGGGCAGGCCCCGGAGAAGCCGCUGGGCUCGGGCUGCACCCUUGAAGCCCCGUCUGCCGAGCUUGACUCUCCUGCAGACUCCAACAAUACGCAAGCUUGGUUCUUGUCGUCCCUUGGCCGCCGGCGGUUGCUCCCUACGACGUAUCCACUCCUCGGUGUUGGCGUCACGGACUUGCAAGGCGUUGAGGGCGACGGUCUGCCCGAGCCGGGCGUCGUGGGCUAG